AAUUGCCAGCUUCUGGAGCUCAGUCUGCUAGAGCCAGACCGUUCUCCAUGGUCCCUUACUUCGGUAAGAAGUAAUGUUAUAAACAGCAUUAACUGGGCGACGACGUAUGUUCUAAUGCGCGCAAAAGGCAAGGAAAGCAUUAGUGACCGGGUGUUUUUAAUAAUCAAGGCAACCAGGCCAGAUAAAAACACUUCAAAGACUUUCAAAGUUGCACGCGGGAGACUUGCUAACAUGGCAGUAUGUUUUGGACAGAUCACCGCGUUUGUGGAAUGUAAUGAACAGUGGGCUACUUACAUUGAACGAUUUGAGCAUUUUGUCGCCGCUAAUGAUAUUAAAGAUGAUAAGAGGGUGGCGGUGCUUCUGAGUGUGAUGGGUAGUGAUACAUACGGACUAUUACGGAGCAUUAUUGCACCGAGAAAACCCGGUGAAAUGGAGUAUGGGGACAUCGUGGCAACGCUGCAAGAGCAUUUCGCCCCCAAGCCACUGGUGGUCGGAGAAAGGUUUCGAUUUAACAAGCGGAAUCAAGAGGAAGGCGAGACCGUGGCACAGUAUGUAGGAGUUUUAAAGAAACUGGCGGAGCACUGUGAAUUCGGUGAUUACUUGGAUGAGGUUAUGCGGGAUAGGUUCGUGUGUGGAUUGAGGAACGAGGCGAUACAGCAACGCCUGCUAACAGAGAAAAGUCUUACUUUUCGGAAAGCUGUGGAGGUUGCUGUUUCAGUGGAUACCGUUACCAGGGAGUCGGCGCAUCUGACCCGCUCGGUGAAGGUGGAACCAACUGCUCCGCCCGCAAAUUUAAGAGUAAUUUUUGAAGACCAUGACAUUCGGAAACUAACUCUACCAUCAGGAAUCCCGCAUACAAUAGAGGAUCUCCACACAGCUGUCAGACAGGCCUUCAGUGUACCAGUGGACUUCAUUCUUCAUUAUAUGGACAGUGAUUUUGGGAACCAGUUCUUUACUUUAUCUUCCACAGACCUAAUUCAAGAUAAGGGCACUGUCAAAGUUGUGCUCAUUGAAUCCCCUGUUAUGCUGUUGUCACCACUGAGGAGUUCUGAUGUCGAGGCCAUCGAGAUGGCCCCAGCCUUAUUACCAGGGUCCGCUUGUCCCUCCACGCCAUGCAGUCCCACCACAUCGCGUAGUUCCUCGUUUGCUGACGCGGCUUUGCCGUCGCCCGACCAAAAUCUGGAAAGAUCUGUACCUUGGCCGUCCAAGUUUCCAAUCCCACGCUUCUCCUUCAACACUGAGCUUAUGCUAGAGAGGGGCAACGAAAGCUAUCGCAAGGACGGCAGCCUCUUCAGCGCUCCGGGCAUUAAAAUUGACGUCCUUGAAAAGUUGGCGGAAACAAUCUAUCAGUAUGUAGCCUAUCCAUCCAGUGCACAGGUUUGUGCUGUUGCACAGGCCCUUGUCUCGAAGCAUCCUUGCCUGAAGGAACCCGGCUCGAUCACAGGUUACUAUGGAUGGCAGUCAAGCUUAAAAUACAAAAUGGGCAACUACAGGUCGAAGCUCCGGAGCCUUGGGUACCCUGAGGUUAUGGUGAACUCCCUGAAACAGAAACACCCGGAUCAAAUGACGCCCGCCAAAAAUGUGAAGAAACCCAAAAAGGCCGAAGUGAACUAUCUGCCACCUUACCCAGCUGGAGAAACUAGGGAAACUCUAGAGAAUGAGAGGGUGCGGUUAAUUGAAGAAAUGAAGAAAAAAGACAACUUCAAGGUCAUCAAUGACAAAAUGACAAAGACUUUUUCACUGCGCCGACAGGAAGUUGUCAUUCAGUGCCCAAUGAUUACCGAUCUGAAGGAGAGAUGGCCUGCCCUGUUUACCGCAUCUCAGGUGAACAAUGAGUUCCUGAGAAUAACUACCAUACACCUGGAGGCUAAAUUCAUGUCACAGCUCGACCAGUACAGCCCGAGAUUGCUGUCUAUUUUCAAUUCAAAGGGAGGUGUGGCCGGAAGAAAGAUACGGACCAUACUGGACCAUCUACAGCAGCACCACUGUGCCAUAGAGGAAAGAAGAGAGGUUGUGAUCCGGUGCUUGGUGAAGUACUUAGGAGAAGAUGGUCUCAUCAGAGACCACCAGGAUAUGGAUGGAGAAGACACACAGGACCCCUCCGAAAACCCAAUGAAUGUCUACAUCGUCAAAAAAGAAGUUCCGUUGGGGAAUGGCACCCACAAGGGCAUUGUCAUCGUUGUUGAGGGUGAAGAAGCCCUGACUGAUCUGCGUGAUGUGUCUCAAGCGUGCGCCGUUCUGUUAGGCUUCACGUACUCAUUGAAUCUGGAAUACCCUAAAAAGCUUAAAUACACGUUUGAGGUGUUCCAGAAGCUUUUCCUGGAACUGGAUAGCGGCAGAAUGUCCCCAAAAGUGCACUCCCUAAAAAACAGAUUGUUAACUUGAAAUGCCUUUGUUCAUUAGGGGUCCAAGCAUUUUUGCAUCGUCUCAUUUAUUAUAAUCUGAAUUAAGGUCUGUAGGUCCUCAUAAGGUCUGUAGUUUUCUGAGUGAGAUGCCAUUGUCAUGGCAUCACAUUUCCAUCAAAUCUUGUGCCUUUUUGUUUUUGCAUGAUGGCUAAUUUAUGCCACAAAGUCCACAUGAAACAGGCAUCAAGUUCUGAAAUAAUGUUUUGUGAGUAAACAUUAAAGGAGAGUUUGAACAAAAUCAGUCUUGAGGAGUCAAAGCUCAGCCAAAUUUUGUGCCUUUUUUAAAUGAUAGUUCAAGGACACAAAUUAAGGGUCUGUUUUAUCACCUGGUAUCCAUGUGAAACAGGAAUCUUAUGGUGUGAAGUUAUGCUUUGUUAGUAAGCAUUGAAAGAGAGCUUCGAAGUGCCAGUCUUUCGUAGAGGCAUCAUGAUUCAGUCAAAUCUCAAUGAGAAAUUACCAGUGCACAUUUGUUAAAAGGUUUGUGUUAUGCUUUAUAGUACAUGUGAAAGGACAACUUGGACAUUUUGUCAUAUAGCAACAACCAUUUUUUUAAAAUGAUGCCUGAAUGGUAUUAAAAACAGCACCUUAGAUUUUUAUGUAAUCUGGAUAGGAAAUCAGUCUAUAAGGUCUGCUGUUAUGCUUUCUGAGUAAGCAUCAAAGGAUAAAUCACAGUUCAGUAAAAUGUUAUGCCUUCUUUUAAACUAUAGUUGACGUAUACUAAAAAUUAAGGUUCUGUUUUAUCUCCUGAAAUCCAUGUGAAACUGUGUUAUAGAGGCUCUGUAAGAUUGUGUAAGAUUCUGUUUUUUAAAAAAGUAUUUCAAUAAAUGGAAAACUUUUCUUUCA